AUUAAUUAUAAACCCCCACAUAGCCGUAACACCUUCGUCUUUAGGUUGCGGAGUUAUUGGCAUCUAAAGCCUCAUUUCGCUUAAGACUACAAUGCAGAAAGAAGAUAUGAAUUAUGUUCUUGUCAGUAUUCUACUGUGCUGUGCUUGUUUUGCAAAGGGCACUGGCUGUAAGAUUUUGGAGAUGAAGGAUAGAGUUGAUGGGAAAUAUCUAAAGCAUCACAAUGAAUCCACCUUCACUGGACAAACAGAAGCGGGGUGCAUUGUCAAGUGCUUGUUCUACAGUCCCAACCACUACUGUCAAUCAGUCAAUUAUUUCCCCGCGACUCAAACCUGCCUGACCAGCACGUCGACUCAUCAUCAACACCCAGAAGACCUUGUGUAUGACGCAGGAAGUGUGUACCUCGGGACCAAGAACGACUGCGUUGUUGGUUCAUGCCCAAGUAACCGAAUGUGCAAAGCUGACUUUGUGAAUGAAGGAUUUUCGUGCGUCUGUCCUAUCGAUACGUCAUCAUGUGACAAGCCCUGCUUCUCUAGCCCGUGCAGUAAUGGCAGUAUUUGUAACAACACACAAGACGGUAAAAACUAUACGUGCACUUGUUUGCCUGGAUAUACGGGAAGAAACUGUGAAAGAGACCUUUAUCCAUGUGAUUCAAGCCCCUGCAGUAAUGGAAGUAUUUGUAACAACACACACGAAGGUAUCAACUACACAUGCGCCUGCUCGCCUGGAUAUACGGGAAGACACUGUGAAACAGUUCCACCUAGACACUGUGCUGAAGUUUUUUCAAAGAGGAGUGCUACUAGUGGUGUGUAUACAAUAGACCCCGACAAUCAGGGGGCAUUCCAGGUCUUCUGCGACCAGGAAACUUCUGGCGGUGGCUGGACUGUGUUCCAAAAACGCCAAGAUGGCUCAGUUGACUUCUAUCGAAACUGGACCGAGUACAAACACGGGUUUGGUGACCUCCAGGGGGAGUUUUGGCUAGGACUGGAAAAAAUUCACAGGCUGACCAGUGUAAUCAGUAACGAGCUUAGAGUGGACAUGGAAGCUGAAGCGGGCGAGACUGCGUAUGCUCAGUACAAUAUAUUUUCAAUCGCAAGCGAGUCCAAAGAGUACGAACUACAUGUGUAUGGAUACAGCGGAACAGCGGGCGACUCUCUCGUAGCCUGGCAUAACCAGCUCCCAUUCUCAACCAUGGACAAGGACAACGAUAGGCGGACAGACGAGAACUGUGCCGUUAUGUUCAAAGGGGCAUGGUGGUACGAUGACUGUCAUUCUGCAAACCUUAACGGUGAAUAUCUGAACGGAGCGCAUGAGCAAUACGCAGAAGGGAUAGUCUGGUAUAACUGGAAAGGGCAUGGGUACUCUCUUAAGCGCACGGAGAUGAAGAUGAGGCCGCUUGGAUACAGAGCGCCAUGACAGCCGUGGGACCAGAACGAGGAACCACUGUAUUAGUGGCAAAAUUUAGCAAACUAUUAGAUUAACGCAGAAGAUCUUUACGCAGAUUUGGCCUUUGCAUUGUUUUAUUUAUUAACACAUAGAACAAUCACAAGUAUGGCCACAUUACCUAAAGACGAUUUGUAGCGUUUUGCUCAAACAACAUCUUUUUUGAUUUGUUUCCUUUAAUUUUAGAACCAUAAUUCUAUAAUUCUAUCCAGAAUUUUGACAACCAACAUAUGAGUAGUGAUCUUUCAAAUAAGAACCAAAGACUUCUAUAAUUUAUCUUUCAAAUAAGAACCAAUUUUCCCACCUGAUUAAGUUGAUUAGCUUCUAAUAAAAAAGAUGCGCUUAAUCUCAGCCUGUAGGCCUAUAAACUCGAGGUCCUCACACUAAUUCAAAAAACGUUGUCAGUGCAAAAGGCAAAUGGCGGUUGACAAAUGGCAAUUCUACUACCGAAGGGACCUAUGGUUUCGAAAAUAUUUGUUCCAAAUUCAGAAACAUAUAAACAAAACAUACGACUAUCCAUUUAAUGUAAUUAAUAUAUGGUUCUGACAUCGCUUGAGUUUAUUUAUCACCUUUAUUUUUACAAAUGAUUACUACCCACAAACACCUUCGCUGCCAUUUGGCAAUUGCCAUUCGCCGUUCAC